AAGGUGGGCGGGUGGGGGCGCUUCGCGGGAUCCGUUGGUCGUCGUCAAGACCGGUGACAUGUCUGGGAGCAGUAGGGCUGUCGCAUCCCCGAGUAUGUUGUAGAAAAAAAGAGCAUUGGACUUGAAAUCAGAACUGGCUUUGAGUCCCAGCUGUGCCACUUAUUAGCUGUGUCACCUUGGGGUCUUUUUGGAGUAAUUCUUCAUUGAUUGAUUGCAAACUACAUAUAGUUAUGGAUACUUAUCAGACUGUUAAAAGCAAUAAAAUGAAGACAAUGAAGGCUACAGUGUCUGUCAAAAAAAGCUUCAUUGAAGGUGUACUUCAGUCCAUAAAGUCUUUGUUACAGAGCCAAAAGGAAUUAUGCAUUGUUUCAGCAGAGGAAUAUAUAAAGCCAGAAGAACAGGCCAAUAUGAUUGAGGUUACCUUUCUAGAUUUCAAUGAAGAAACAGACACUGGUCACAUGCAGGAUUUAGCUACAGUUUCUCUGGAACUUCCAGAUCUUCUGAAUUCUAUCCACUUCUGCAAUCUAAAUGAAAAUGAAAUUAUUUUUCUGAAGGAUAUAAAUAAGUCAUUUCAAACAAAUGCUGACCCUCAAAAACAGAAUCAUUUUUCUAGCGUGCUUUGUGUAAUGAAAGUAUCUCCAGCAACAUCCCCACGACUCAGAGUUGAUUUUGUAUUUAAUCUACUAAGCAAAUAUGCCACAGGCAUCCGCUAUACUUUGGAAACAUACUUACGCCAGAAACGUCACCUGGAGAAAUGUCAUGGAGAUGAUGAUGACACUAAUCAGUCAGUGUCUUCUAUUGAGGAUGAUUUUGUCACUGCAUUUGAACAGUUAGAUGAAGAUGAACCUUCCAAGAUGCAUAGUGAUGGAAUAAGCUUUGCUACAUUGCAGAGCCAAUGUGAUGCUGCUUCACAGACUAUCCCUGCUCACUGCUUAGAAGCCAGUGAUUCAGAGUUCCUGAUUACCUCUAUGAGACAGAAGUCAGUGGCCAAGUCUUCUUCAUCUUCCCUAAUUAAUGUUUGGGGAUUUAAGGAGCGACCUUCCAAUGUGAAAAAUUCAGUCACAACUUCUAUUUCUGAACCUUGGACUCAAAGAAGUUUGUAUAAGUCAUGUCAUCCUUCAGAUAUAAAUGUUACAUUACAAAAAACACUAUUUUCAUCUUCUCCAGCUGAUUCAUCUGAAUCAGAAUGUUCAAGCCCAAGCCCUGUUAUUUUUUUAGAUGAAGAAGGGUAUCAAAAAAGCUUAAAAGCAAAACUUGAGUUGCCAAAGAUUCCUGUAGGGAAAGAUGGUAUAGAAGACUCAGAUUCUGAAAUAGGUGAAUUUUUUGACAGUUUUGAUCAGUUUGAUGAGGUAGAACAAGCUUCAGAUGCUUCUUGCCAACUGAAAUGGGAACCUGUUGUAGGAAAUCCAUCCAAAAAAAGAGUUCACAAACAUGGGAAGUCUUGUUCCAUUACCACUACCAUGAAUCCUCAGAAAUUCAAGUUUGAUCGUCCCACUCUCCCAGCUAAUGUAAGAAAACCAACUCCUCGUAAACCAGAAUCUCCCUACAGUAAUUUGUAUGAUGUCCCAGACUCCCCUCGUCCAGUGAAGACAUCAGGAGAGGACAGUGGUCUGUUUAGUCCCAUUCGAUCUUCAGCUUUCAGUCCUCUGGGGAACUGUACUACUACCGAGUGCUACUGCCACAUUGAUGUCAGUGGAGAAAAGUUUAAUGAAAAUCAUGAUAAUAUUUAUUAUCAUGCUUACUCUGAUUAUGCAAACAAUGUAUCAUGUGAAAUACUUGGCUCGGUUUUUCAUUCUCAGUUUGUCCCCAAAUACACUGAAAAUCAAUCUUGCAUUGAUAGUAUUGUAUCCACUCUAGAUCUUAAACCCAGGGAACUUGAUUGGAAAGUAAGAUCAAAACACAAAUCUUUAAUGAUUAAGCAGAAUAUUCAGAAAUUUGCUGCUGACCUUGUGGAAAAAAGUUUUGGCUAUGCUUUUAAAGACUUACAGAAGGGAGUCUCUUCAUGUACCAAUGCACUUUGUAGCUUAGCAAUGAAAUUGACAUCUUCAGUCUUUGACAUGGCGUUUAAUGAAAUUGGAAGGCAGAGAGCAUCUUCACUGAAGCAGCGUGCCAUCUGUGGUUUGGCCAGCUUUCUGGUUGGUGAUGCUCUAACCAGUGCUUUACGAGAUUUACAUUUUGUCAAGAAGCAGAUAUUUACUAACACUGCUGCCAGGUUUGCUGCAGACCUUGCUGAAGAACUUAUUUUUGAAGGCCUUAUGGAAGUAUGCCAGUUUUCCCAUCCAUCAACACCCACAGGGACACACAACAGUCCUUUUGAUUAUGAAGACAAAGUAGUGAAGUCAUAUGCAAAGGAUUUGUCUGAAUCUGUCAUACAGGAAGCAUUCAUUGAACUGUCACAAGUUGAUGUGACUUUUACCACAAAAGCAGCAAUUAGUGUCUCUAUGGAUAACAUCAAGUAUGUUAGUGCCGAAAGUGUGUUGCAGUCAACACAAACCUCGGCUUCUUUUCCUACUUGUCAUGAUCAAAUGCUGAUAGCAUCGAAUCCAGUACAAGACUACAGAAAAGAAUAUACAGUACAACAGGCUUUGUUUUGUACUUCUGGUAUUGUAACUUCUAUACCAGUGCCCUUGGCAGGAAGUGCUCUUGGCAGAUAUUACACUUCAUCUAAUACAUAUCAGCUAAAUUCUCAUCUGCCAUCAGAUAAUAGUCAUAAGAUGAAUAAUGAUUCCACCCAGACAUCCUUUAUGACAAAAAAUAAGGAAGAGGAAGUAGCUUGUCUUAAAAAUAUUUAUCUGUCUUCAAAACAUAAUGCAAGUAAUGAAAAUAACUAUGAGUUUUCAUAUAAUCAGGAUGAUCUUAAAUUAACAAAUAACAUUGGAAUUAAUAAUUGUUCAGAAUUAGCUUGUGAUCUAUCAGCUAUCAAUAAUUUCUCUGGAGCAAUGGUAGAUAUGAUAGUAACUGAAACUUAUGAAGCAAUUGCCACCUCUAAAAUUACCAAAGGAGUUGGAGAGUUGUCAGAUUAUUUAAAGAAGGGUAAAGCAGAAGAAAAAAUCCUUUUAACACAUGAUGGAGCAUCUCUACAGCAUGGUGAAAGUAGCUCUAAAAACUAUUUUGCUGAUCAUCUAUCUAAAUAUAUUAUAAAAUACUCCAUAGAUGAAAGCACAUUGGUAGCAUCAAAUAAUAAGAAUGUGGCACAUAGUACUGGUAUGCCAACAUGUGUAAACAGCUUUAGAAAAGAUGUACCUAGUUUGGUAAAGAAACAUGAAACAACAGAGAAACAAUUUUUGCCUGCUGUUAAAGAGGAGUCACAGUUGACCCUGAAUGAGGUUACCAACUUUCAAGAUGGUCCAUAUCAGUCUACUCAGGAUAUGCCCUUAUUAAUAAAGGAUUAUGUGCCAGAAUAUAAGGAAUCCGUGGCUCCCAAGAUUUCUUCAGCUAUAAUACCACCUUGUCCAGAUAUAACAUUCCAAGGACAGAAUAUAGAGGAACUCACUGAGGCAAUGGAUGUUUCAAUAAAGCCUUUUGACAAAUCACUGAAAAAACAUGACCUAAGUAAAACUGUGCUUGGUCCUCUGCCUUUUGGACAAGAAAUCUGGUUUUCUCCUGCUCAUACUUUCUCUCCUACAGUGCUUUCGGGUGAAGACAUUUCGCAGGUGGAAGAUAAGCAAAAAAUCAGAGAUGGGAAUAUAAUACCUGAUACCCCUCCACCAACUCCUCUAGUACCACUCCAGAUUAGUUCAGAGCAGAACCUAAGGAAAUUAACUAAAAAACUCAAAGGAGAAUUAGCAAAAGAAUUUGCACCUGCUACACCACCUUCUACACCUCGAAAUCCAUCUCUUAAUGGUUUAUCUGAAAAUGAACAAAACACUAUAGAAAAAGAAGAGUUUAUGUUGAAACUCAUGAGGUCUCUUUCAGAAGAAGUUGAAAGCAGUGAAGAUGAAGAAUAUCCAGAAAUGCAUGUGAAAUCAGAGUGUUCAGAAAAAACAGCUCAAUAUGCAAAUAAUUUAGCAACACAUAUAAUUUCUUUGGCAACUGACAUGGCUGCUUCCUAUUUACAUGAUAAAAGCUUCCAAGAACCUAGUAUAAAAUCUCAUUUAAAUGUUCAAUCUCAAACAUCUGGAUAUGCUGCACUUGUAAAUAAAGAUGAGACUUUACAGUGUUUACAGGACUAUGCAGGUGAUGUGGCUGGGAAUGUCAUCAGAGAAGCUAAGAAAAUGGUAAAAUCAAAACAUUGUAAAUUACUGAGGCUAAAGAAGAAUAACUGUCAUGUAGAUAGUCUUUGUCUCAAAAGAGAUGAGAGAGACUGUUACUCAAAAGAGAAAUGGAAUAUACAGACUGAACAGUGGCCAAGAGAAGUUGACCCACUUAACCAUUCUUUAUUUCAGAAUUCCUUCAUGUCAGGUCUGACAUCCAAGUAUCCCAGCUGUGAAAGUGUGACAGAUGAAUAUGCUGGUCACAUUAUCCAAGUUCUGAAAAGGGAAGGUGCUAAUAGUGAGUUAAUAAUGGAUCAGUAUGCCAGUCGACUUGCUUAUAGAUCUAUUAAAUCAGGACUGCAACAAGCAGCUAGGAAAAUUCAACUUAAAUAUAAUAGAAAAAUAUUCCCUGUACGAAGCUCACAGAUGAACAGUAAGAAUGAACUAUUAAAAUUCUUGAAUAAAGAUAAGUAUCAAAUAGAUAAAAAAGGACAAGGCAAAAAAAAUAUAGAUCAUCUUUGUGAAAACCAAGAUGAUGAAAGGGCUAAACUUACACAGAGAAUCGAUUGUCCAGAGUUGUUAAAAUUUUCAGAAUCUCUUGCUUAUAGCAUAACACGGGAUGUCACAAGAAAGUUAAAAAUGUCCACAGUUGGCUUGCCAAAAUCUUUAACAGAUUCUUGCCUUUAUAAAAAAUCUGCAUGUGAGGAAGAUAUGGGAACUUAUGUUGAAUCAGCUUUUCCUAAAUCUCUUCAACUUUCUUCUCCAAAACAAAAACUUUACCACAGCACAAGCAGCUUAAAUGAAUAUGGAUAUGGAGACAGCAUUAUUCAAGCUAUAGAGCAAUAUGCCAGAAAAAUAGUUGAUGACACUUUAGAAAUAAGUUUGGAAUCUGCAGUUCUUCAAGUUUCUAAAAACAGAAAAUCAGCUGAUAGAUUUACUUAUGCUGAAAAGUUGUCACCAUUUUCUGGUACAGCUUGUAGGUAUUGUAACCUGAAAGAACACCAGGAUUUCAUGGGAAAAUCAUCACAGUACUUUUUUGGACAGGAGUCCUCCACUAGAAAUAAGCCAGUACCUAAUUCAAAACUUGUACCUGGCUGUCAGAAGUCCAGACUUUUUCACCUUGAUGUUCCCAAAAUCCAUAUUGAUCUUGAACAGAAGGUGGUGCUGGCUGAAAAGAUAGUUGCCGCAGCUAUUGAAAAAGCAGAAAGAGAACUAAGUAAUACCAGUCUGACAGCUGAUAGUGGAAUUGGAAAAGAUGGUGUGAGCUUUGCUGACAGCCUUACCACAGAAAUAAUGACUUCAGCUAUGAUGAACAUUGGUCACAAUGUUAACAUCAGUUCAAUAGGAAAAGAAGGAUUUCAGUCAGUUGACUCUGUUGGUAGCCAGCAGAUGAGUCUGAGUAUUGGUGAUGACAGUAGUUGGUCUAAUCUAAGUUUCGAAGAUGACCAUCAGGACGAGAGCAGCAGUUUUCUUCAUCUCAGUGACAGUAAUGGUAACAGCAGUAGCUGGAGCAGUCUUGGUUUAGAAGGAGAUAUGUAUGAGGAGAAUUUAUCCUUUCCAACAUCAGACAGUGAUGGAACAGAUGAUAAAGAUGAAGAACAUAAACAUGUUAUAGAAGGUUUGGAGGAAAUUGGGAAGAAACUAUUAAUAGUAAAUAUUGAUAUGGCUCCAUGUGUUGUGGAUCCUCAACUGAGGCUUGCUCUUCAAUGGCUUGCUGCCUCAGAGGCAGAUGUGGAACAACUUUAUUUUCAUGACUCUGCAAAGAAAGAAUUCAUGCUGCUUUCAAAAAGAGUACGGGAGAAAGAAUGGAAAGUGGGAGACCUCUUGCAGGCAGUUCUUAAAUAUUAUGAAAUGAUGGAGAAGGCUUCUGAUGAGGAGAGAUGCAAACCUCUGUUUUGUUGGAUCUUGGAAAAUGCAUAAAACAAAUCCAGCCACUGUACAUUUUAUUCCUCUUUUUGAGUGAAAAGAUAUGUAUGCAGGAUAAAAUGUAACUAGCAAACAUUAACAUUGUUAGCAUAGUUGAAAGUGAAUAAAUAACCUUUUUUGAGUUAUUUGUGAUAUAUCGAUAUACAUUAUGAUAAUCUAGUUCAUAUCUUUGUAAUCUGUAUUGGAAUAUUAUCUUCAUUUAUUCUUCUAUCCAUGUGUUGUAUUCAGAGUGAGAAAUUGGUAUAUGAAGGAAAGUCUGGAUGAUGAAGCUUGACUUUGUCUUGCAGGUUUUUCAUUGUGUCCAAUAGUGCUGCUAAAAACUGCAUUUGUGAUUUAUUGAAUACUCUUUUAUUACUGAGAUGGCUGUUAAUAGAAUUUAGCCAGCUAAUAAAAUUUAUAACACUUUUACCUGCUACAAUUUUGCAACAUAUGUGCCCCUUUGGGAAAAAAAAAAUAGUAUUAAUGACUAAUUUGACACCACUUGUCAAUAAGAUUGAGGCUAGUUUUUUCUUCUGGAAAAAUUUGUCAUUUGGCCAAUCUUUUUAAAUCACAGUUUAUUUUUCAUAGUUAAAAUACUAUCAAACUUCCUACUGUAACUGCUUGAAACAGAACAACAUAAUUUAUUGAAGAGCAGAUACAUUAAAAUUUUAAAGUUGCUACAAACACCAGAAGUGAUAGAUUUCAUAAUCUUUGAUCAAGUAAAACAUGUUAUUUGCCAAUUUUGCCAGUUUAUGUUGGAGUGAAAGUGUAUAUGUGAGAGAAAGUAUAAGUAAGUAAACAUCCCCUUGGCUUUGCAAAUGAUAAGAUUUCAUUUUAUUUUAUUUGUAUCUUAGGGAGAACUCACUGUUGAACAUUAUAAAGGUGCUUUAAAUAAUCUGACAUCACAAUGAGAUGAGUUUUGAUUUCUCUUAUUAAAUUUCCAGUUUUACCUUAUAAUGUCAUACUGAAAAUAGAGAUUAUAUAAAUUGAAAGACAGUGCUAAAGCAAACAUGCUUUGCAUAGAGAGACACAGUUAUAUGGUUGAUUGACAGAUUUUACAAUAGCUCUACAACUGAUAUCAGGUUUUUUUUAAGAAGAGAUAAGACUUUCCCAAAUUCCAACAAAUAUGGUGGUGGCCUUUUAAAAAAAAUUUAAAAAUUAUAUUCUUUUUUAAUACAACAUAAUUUCACCAACCCUUUGGAUGAAAUGUUUCCUAUUGUCUUUAUAAACUGGAAGUUGAUACAAGUUAGAGAUUAGGAGAUCUAUGUCAUAUGACAUCAAAAGUUUUUAAUUUAGCUUCCACUUUACUAAUAGCUAAGAGGCCUUCAACAAAUACUGUAUUGUGAGUACUUCUUUUUUUGUUGUGUUUAUUCCUGAGCAUCAAUUAUGAACAGAAUAAAAGGCAUGGCAUUUUCUCAUA